CAGCUCUGAAGCCAUCAACUUGCCGGCUUUGGCUGGGAAGGAGCUCGCAGUGUCCAUCUGCAACAAUCAAUUGAGCGGGACACAGCGCCUCUUGCGACCCACGACGUGCAAGAAUGGCUUCCCUGCCGACCGCAGCGCGGUUGACACCGAAAAUCGCGAGGGGCGCUCUUCAGCGCCGAGGCGUCUCGGAUAUCACCAUUACGCGCACUGGCAAGCCCAUUAUCCGCACAACUGGUGGCCGUUCCUCCCUCGGCGGACACACUGCCACCGUCUUCGGCGCAACCGGUGCGCUCGGCCGUUACAUCGUCAACCGACUAGCGAGGCAAGGAUGUACCGUAAUUGUCCCCUUCCGGGAGGAGAUGGCCAAGCGCCAUCUGAAGGUUACUGGUGAUUUGGGCCGCGUCGUGUUCAUAGAAUACGACCUACACAACACCCAGUCGAUCGAGGAAAGUGUCAGACACUCGGACGUUGUGUACAACCUGGUUGGCCGAAACUACCCUACAAAGAAUUUCUCCCUCGAGGACGUUCACGUUGAGGGCUCCGAGCGCAUCGCCGAAGCUGUGGCUAAAUAUGACGUGGAUCGGUUCAUUCACGUCUCAUCCUACAAUGCGGAUCCGUUGUCGCCUUCCGAGUUUUACGCCACCAAGGGUCGGGGAGAGCAAGUAGUCCGGAGCAUCUUUCCUGAAACUACUAUCGUCAGGCCCGCCCCAAUGUUCGGCUUUGAAGACAACCUUCUGCUGAAACUUGCGGGAGUGACCAACCUGUUCACGUCCAAUAACAUGGAGGAAAGAUAUUGGCCAGUCCACGUCAUUGAUGUUGGUGAGGCGCUAGAGGUCAUGCUCUACAACGAUAACACCGCAGCUCAAACAUAUGAGCUUUAUGGACCCAAGAAUUACUCAACGGCCGAGAUCGCCGAAAUGGUAGACAAGGAGAUUUAUAAGAAGCGGAGACACAUCAAUGUCCCCAAGGCGGUUUUGAAGCCCGUUGCCGGCGUAUUAAACCGUCUUCUCUGGUGGCCCGUCAUGUCCACCGACGAGGUGGAGCGAGAGUUCCACGAUCAGGUCAUUGAUGAGUCGGCCAAGACGUUCAAGGACCUCGGACUCGAGCCGGGUGACAUUACCAAGUUCCUCUACCACUAUCUGCAAGGUUUCCGGAGCUCUCAAUACUACGACCUGCCGCCAUCGACAGAGAAGGAGAAGAGAGAAGAAAAGCAAUACAUUCAUGUGUUGGACGAUCAGUAAAUGGGGAAAUAGCUGGCUGCCUUUGGGGGGGCUAAGACGCCCUGUAGAGUGUACAUACGUAGUAUUAAAAACGCCUUUUUAUUUCAAUGUGAGGGUGUCCUAGAAAUAAUUAGAUACAAAAAAGAGUAGGAAUAGCUCAACUUGCUUUGCUACCUUG